AUGGCACCACCGUUCGAUUUGCCCGGAGACGACACCGUUGCCGGAAUCCAGAUUAAUCCUCCGGCGAGUGGUCGUGGUACUUCUGUAUACAGCGAAGUCCAAGCGAGUCGUAUCGACCACUCGCUUCCUCUUCCUUCCGUCCUUAAAAGCCCCUUUAAGAUCGUCGACGGACCUCCGAGCUCCGCCGCCGGAAAUUCAGAGGAGAUUGCGAAAUUGUUCCCGAAUUUGUUUGGACAACCAUCGGCUUUAUUGGUUGCUGACCAAUCUAAUGCAAUUCCAUCAGAACAAAAGCUUAAGAUUGGUGUUGUGUUGUCUGGUGGUCAAGCACCUGGAGGACACAAUGUUAUUUGUGGAAUAUUUGAUUAUUUGCAGGAAUAUGCGAAAGGAAGUAGUUUGUUUGGUUUUCGUGGUGGUCCAGCUGGCAUUAUGAAAGGCAAAUAUGUUGAGCUUACUUCUGAUUUUGUGUAUCCUUAUAGAAACCAGGGUGGGUUCGAUAUGAUAUGCAGUGGAAGAGACAAGAUAGAAACUCCUGAGCAGUUUCAACAAGCUGAAGAGACUGUAACAAAGAUGGACUUGGAUGGUCUUCUGGUUAUUGGUGGAGAUGACUCCAAUACUAACGCUUGUCUCCUUGCUGAAAACUUUAGAGGUAAAAACAUGAAAACUCGGGUUAUUGGGUGUCCAAAGACAAUAGAUGGCGAUUUGAAGAGCAAAGAAGUGCCCACGAGUUUCGGAUUUGAUACGGCUUGCAAGAUAUACUCAGAAAUGAUUGGAAAUGUUAUGAUCGAUGCACGUUCCACGGGAAAAUACUAUCACUUUGUGCGUCUUAUGGGCCGUGCUGCUUCUCAUAUUACACUUGAAUGCGCUUUGCAAACGCAUCCUAACAUUACUAUUAUUGGAGAAGAGGUGUCUAAAAUAGAAACAGAGAAAAUGCUAAUUCAAAUGGUUGAAACCGAGUUGGAGAAAAAGAAGAAGGAAGGAACAUACAAACGCGAGUUCAUGGGAAAAUCACACUUCUUUGGGUAUGAGGGAAGAUGCGGGUUGCCUACUAAUUUCGAUGCAACUUAUUGCUACGCAUUGGGUUACGGUGCUGGAUCACUUCUCCAAAGUGGAAAGACCGGAUUAAUUUCAUCGGUUGGGAAUUUGGCUGCUCCUGUUGAAGAAUGGACAGUUAGUGGUACCGCUUUAACCUCAUUGAUGGAUGUUGAGAGAAGACAUGGUAAAUUCAAGCCUGUUAUCAAGAAAGCUAUGGUUGAACUUGAAGGCGCACCGUUCAAGAAAUUUGCGUCGCAGCGGGAAGAAUGGGCUUUGAAGAAUCGAUACAUUAGUCCUGGACCGAUUCAAUUCAAGGGACCGGGAUCUGAUGCGCUAAAUUACACCUUACUGCUCGAACUCGGGGCUGAAGCCUAA